AUGUUGAACGAGAUUAUGAUGGAAUUGAAGAAUCCUAACAACUCCAUUAUUGGGGUGUAUGGGAUGGGUGGUGUGCGUAAGACAAAACUUGUGGAGCAGUUAGCUUGGCAAGCAAAGAAUGAGUUACGUCAAAGGAUAAGCAAUGAGAAGAGCAUUCUCAUUAUUCUUGAUGACAUUUGGGGUAAACUUGAUUUGACAGAAGUGGGGAUUCCCUUUGGUGAUGAUCACAAAGGAUGCAAGUUGUUGGUGACAUCGAGAAGCCUUAACGUGUUGAACUCUAAUAUGGACAUUCGGAAAGAAUUUAGACUUGAAGUUUUACUUGUUUCAGAAAGAACUGAAGUCACUAUUCUUAUUUAUUGGUUCAUUUGGACCGGAUCUCCUCGUCACUGGGGGACUAUUUUAGCUUUAUUGGGGGUUGGGCUUAGAUAA